UCCUCCCUCUGGCUUCCAUCUUGCUCCCCGCGUGUGUGUGCUGCAAGUGUGCAGGUCAGUUUGGAGCCCCUUAAACCUCCUCUUUCCUGCAUUAUCACACCAAAGUUGGACUGGAUAAGGUAACUAGAAUCCGAUGAAAGAAACAAUCAUGAAUCAGGAGAAACUAGCUAAGCUGCAGGCACAGGUCCGCAUUGGUGGCAAGGGGACAGCUCGCAGAAAGAAGAAGGUUGUCCACAGAACAGCAACUGCAGAUGACAAAAAACUUCAGUUCUCUUUGAAGAAAUUGGGGGUCAACAAUAUCUCUGGUAUUGAGGAGGUGAACAUGUUCACAAACCAGGGGACUGUCAUCCAUUUCAACAACCCGAAAGUGCAGGCAUCUCUGGCCGCCAACACCUUCACUAUCACAGGGCAUGCUGAGACUAAACAGCUGACAGAGAUGCUGCCCAGCAUCCUGAACCAGCUGGGUGCAGACAGCUUGACUAGCCUGAGGAGACUGGCUGAGGCUCUGCCCAAACAAUCUGUGGACGGGAAAGCACCACUAGCUGCUGGUGAGGAAGAUGAUGACGAAGUUCCAGACCUUGUGGAGAAUUUUGACGAGGCAUCAAAGGAUGAAGCAAACUAAAGGUCACCCUGAAAUGAGAUUCCCAACUUGAAUUGGCUGUGUGGAACUGCUGUUUUGUAUUUGUGACCUUAUUUUGUAAAUGUUUUUUUUUCUACUGUUCCCAUAUUCCAAUCAAGAAUGAAAUACCUGUAUACUACUAAUAGUAUGAGAUCACACACUAUUCAGUCUUUGGGGUCCUCCAUUUUUGCUGCUUCCCAUGCAUUAUUGAAGCAACCAUCUUUUGCAGCCUGGUUAAAAUGAACAUGUCUGGAAUAAAAGUUUGCAUUUCUGAAAUGCUUAUUAAAAAUAUGAA